UUUGAUACAACAAACAACCCCUUGUCUCUUCUGUAUCUCUUCCGACAACCUCGCACUCCCUCUCACCCCUCUUUCUAUCUUUCCCCCCUCCAAACAAAACAAACCAAAGGUUCAUCUCUUUCUCUGCAAUACAACUUAAAAAACGUACCUUUGUAUGAAUCAAAAGUUAGCCAUCGGAUGACAUUAUCAUAAGGUUUGUUUUUGUGAGUGGUUAAAGUUUGUGUGAAAGAUGUCAAGGGAUUCAAAUACGAGAAGGCGAAUCCCACCUGGGAUUUUUCUGAUAAAAAGUGUUAGGGGUAAAGAUUGGGCCCUAAAAUCAUAUAGAUACAUAAUAUUAUUGCUUACCUUCAUAGCAUAUGCGAGCUAUCACGCCUCUAGGAAACCUAGCAGCAUAGUUAAAAGCGUUUUCUAUCCUGAAUCACUGAAAAACUCAAAGGUUAGCCCUUGGCCUGUUGGGAAUGUCUUUAUCAAGGAAGAAGAAUUUGUCAGUUUUGAUAGAAACAGGGUUGAAAGCCAGGGUUGGUAUCCUUUUAACCAAUCCGAUGGAACAUCGAAAUUGGGCGAAAUCGAUGUUGCUUUUCUAGCUUGUUACUCUUCUGGAAUGUAUGUUGCUGGGCAUUUAGGGGAUACCUUGGAUCUUAGGUUGUUCCUGACAACAGGGAUGAUUGGAAGUGGCAUUUUUGUGGGGUUGUUUGGGAUGGGUUACUUUUGGAACAUUCAUGACUUUUGGUUUUUCCUUUCGAUGCAAAUGGUUGCUGGGUUAUUUCAAGCAACCGGUUGGCCUUCGGUCGUGGCCGUCGUCGGGAAUUGGUUUGGAAAAAGGAAGAGGGGUUUGAUAAUGGGUAUUUGGAAUGCUCAUACUUCGGUCGGGAAUAUCAGUGGAUCCCUUCUUGCUGCUGCUGUUUUGGAUUAUGGUUGGGGUUGGUCUUUUAUUGUCCCAGGAGCAUUGAUUGCUUCAGCAGGGGUAUUAGUUUAUUUGUUCCUGCCUGCCUAUCCUGAGGAUAUAGGUUUCAGUGGUAUAACUGAUUCGUCUCCGAAUCUGGAAUCAUUGUCUCAGGCAGAGGAGGAUCGGACUCAGAAGGGACCGGUAGUGAAAGUAGAAAAAAGUUCCGGUAUCAAAGAAGGGUCAGGAAGCAGGACAGGUAUUGGACUUUUUGAAGCUUGUUUCAUACCAGGGGUGAUUCCGUUUGCAUUAUGCCUCUUCUUCUCAAAGCUCGUCGCCUAUACGUUUUUAUACUGGUUACCAUUUUAUUUGAGCCAAACAGAAAUUGGUGGGGAGUAUAUGUCUGUGAAGUCGGCUGGAAACCUGUCUACCUUGUUCGAUGUAGGGGGUAUUGCUGGGGGGAUCCUUGCUGGUUACAUAUCCGAUAAACUUAAUGCCCGGGCUACUACAGCAGCCACCUUCAUGCUUGCAGCAAUACCUUCCAUGCUCUUAUACCGUACAUAUGGAAGUAUUUCACGUACCAUAAACAUUUUACUUAUGGUCGUUGCUGGCUUGUUUGUAAAUGGGCCAUAUGCGCUCAUCACGACUGCAGUUUCUGCAGACCUCGGUACGCACAGUUCUCUCAGAGGGGAUUCUCGGGCAUUAGCAACGGUGACAGCUAUAAUUGAUGGCACUGGCUCAGUUGGUGCAGCUCUAGGCCCUCUUAUCACCGGAUUCCUUUCAUCAAAGGGGUGGGAUGUGGUAUUCAUAAUGCUAAUGGUCGGCGCGCUUAUUGCAUCACUUCUUUUAUCACAUUUGGUCAUAGCCGAAUUCACCGAGAGAAGUUACAAAUCGGUUCCAUCUUCUCAUGGACAGCAAACUGAUGAAGCUACCGGAUCACUACCCCUUCUAAGUAAUCAAAGGUGAUAAAUCAGGUAUGGUGUGAACUGUGAAGAAAGUAUGAAAAUUAAGGGAGCUUUUAGAGUACAUAGUAGAGUUAGAAGUUCCAAAAAAAAGUAAUAGUUUGAGUUCAGUCAGACAUGAAAUAUAUGUAUUUGCUAAAUUUUGAUGGCAAUACCAGUCCGAAGUUUGAUAUA